AAGCCCUUUUUGUUCGAAGCUGAAAACCCCUAAGCCCUCCCUUUCUCCAGAUCUAUUCGGAUUGCAGUCGUGCUAAAUUGGCGACUCGCCACACAGGUAGAUUAUAGCGGGAAAUGGCGUUGGGGUUGAUAAUGGGGAUUGGAAGGGCGUUUCGGAGGAAGAGAACGUCGUCGUUGGAUAUUCUGUCGUCGAAACGAGCUCCUCGGGAUUAUUACAAGGGCAAGAAUUGCAAGCCUACUGGUUUUCACACUCGCAAAGGUGGCUACGUAAUUGUGCCUGAGAAAUUGCCAAACUACAUCGUACCUGACUUGACGAACUUCCAGCUGAAGCCUUAUGUUUCUCAGUGUCCAAUACAAGUUAAAACAACCGAAGCUUCUGAAGCAGCAAAAUAAAUUAACGGAGUGGGGACAAAUGUUCAAUCUCUUACUGUGUUCUCCUGCUGUCUUUGUUGAAUGGUAAACAUUACAGUUAUGAAGUGGUUCGAAAGAAUAGGAACUAGUUAUAUGCCGUGUUUCUAUACUAGUUAUGAGUAAUUUUUGGUUGGUUCCUCUCUGAUUUGUUUACAAACUAGUUAUGCUAGUGAUAAAUAGUAUAAUAACUUCUUAAAGUCCUUCGUUUAUUACCAAACUAUAUCCGGCCUCAACAACUAAAACAUUGUGAAACUGAAAAUCAUGACAGAUUUUGUUUCCCAUCUUUCAAUUUUUCAUUGAUUUCAGUUUUGCUGGCA